CAGGGCCUUGUGCUUGUAAGGCAAGCACUCUACCAGCUGAGCUAUCUCCCCAGUCCCCUUGUUCAUUUUCACAUAUUGUGAAUUACUUAAAUUUCUUUGGAGUUGUUUCCUUUGAUGUAUGUGUCAUUCAAAAGUAUAGUGUGCAGUUCCUUGGAGAUUUUGCAGCUUUUUUUCUUCUGUGGAUUUCUCAUUUCAUUCCAGUAUGAUCUGAGGGCAACCGUGUAUGAUUUCUGUUUCUUUAGAUUUGUUAGGGUAUGUCACUUAGCUCUGAACAUGGUCUGUGUUGGUGAAUAUUGUACGUGAUCUUAGAGGAAUGUGCACUCAAGCUUGGGAUAUAGCUCAGUGGUAGAGAUCUUUACCUAGCAGUUGCAAAACCUUGUAUUCAAUCUCCUUGCCUGCAAAAAAAAAAAAGAAAAAGUAAAGAAAAGGAAGUCAAAUGAUAGAAUAUGCACUCUGUAAUUCUUUUUCUACAGUGUCAAAUGUCUCCAUUUCAUAUAUGAUGGUGUUGAUUUCAGCUAUAUCUUUACAGAUAUUCUGCUUCCUUGCCCUAUCAUUUACUGUUAGAGACAUGUUGAAAUCUCAGUUUAUAACUAUGAAUGUGUGAUUUUCUUUUCACUUCCAUGUUUCUGCUUAAUGUGGUUUGUUGCUCUGACUAGAGGAGUGUGUAUUAAGGAUUUCCAUGUGUUCUUUGAGAAUCAACUGCUUCAUCAUUAUUUAAACCCUUUAUUAUUUUGUUGGAGAUACAGUUGUUUAGUCUCAGUAUAGCUUCUACAAGUGUUUUUGGAUUGAUGCUGGAAUGAUAACUGUAAGUUCAAACAUGAUGUUUUCAGCAUACCUGUAUGUCCAUCUGCCUGGGAGGCUUAGGCAGGAAGAUAUCAAGUUCAAGAUCAACCUAGGUAACUUAGUGAGCACCUUUCUCAAAAUAAAAUUUUAAAAUGGCUGGGUACGUGGUGGGGUUGUAACUCAGUACGACUCAGUCAUGGCUCCUGGUUUCAAUCUCCAGCAACACCAAAAAAUUAAUUAACUAAUUAAUUAACAUACACCUAUGUGACUUUUAAGCAUGUGUACCCUGUCAAAUGACUAAAUUGAGCUAAUUAUCAGAUAGAUUCCUUCACAUACAUAUCUUUUCUAUGGUGGGAACACUUUAAAUAUGAUGCCACAAUUAUUUUUGGGCUAUGAUACAAUGGUCUGAACUAUAGUCACCCUGUUAUAUAAAGGGUUCUGUGAACUCAAUUCUCCUAGCCAGGUGCACUUUUGACUCCCCACUGCGUGUCAUUACAUGUUAUUUUCUUACAGAGAACACGAGGUUAGGUGUGAUUCUAAUCUAUUUGCCAGUCUCUCCUUUAAUUGCUGCAUACAGAUCACUCAUGUUCAAUGUGGCUGUUGAUAUAUUUGGAUUAAAAAUACCACAUUGGUAAGCAUUCUGUAUUUGUUUAGUUCUGGGGUUUUGUUUAGGUUUACCAUGUUUUUCAGCAUUAUCAUCUUAAUUGGACUGUUGACAUGAUUCCAUUUUCUCUCUUGCACAAGGAUAUCAAUUAAAAAUUUGAUUUAUUAAUUAAAUUAAACAAUAAAAUGUUUCUAAAUAUUUAGUAAUUUCACAGAAUUAUCAGUCUAUUUACAACUGAGCUAGGUGCAGUGGUGCUUGCCUGUUUUCCUAGCAGCUUGCAAGGCCAAAGCAGGAGGACUGCAAGUUUGAGGCCAGCUUCAGCAACUUAGCAGGACCCUGACUCAAAGUAAAAAAAUGAAAAGGGCUGAAAGUGUAGCUCAGUGGUAAAAUGUCCUGAGUUCAAUCCCUGAACCCCCCACAUAUGUGUUUACAACUAAUCAUAGUGUACUUUCAAACAACAAUGUACUGUUUUACAAACAGUGCUUGUGUCUUAGUUUGUUUUCAGGUCUCUUUCCCAUGCCGUAUACAUUUGCUGUCUUUCAUUUUACCUAGCCAUUAGGUGUAACCACCAGAUAGAUUGUUGAUAUUAUCAGUUUGAAUAAACAUCUCUUGAUGCAGAAAGGAAUAAAGAAAGUUUUUACUGUACUCUUGCAUGUAAUUCUUUACUAACACUCCUUAUGUGAACACUGUCGUAUCUUUUCACUUCACUCUAGAGAAGUUCUUUCUAAAAGACAUGGACAGCAGAUGUAUUGGUGACAUUCUCUCAAUGUUAUUCUUCAUUCUUGUCCUUCAGUAAUUUAUCUUCAUUUUAGUUGAUUCUUUGUCCUCCUUGCUCUGGUAUGCCAUGGAACCCCUAUAGUGAUGGUUUUACAGAAGUUGUGCUUUGAACCUGUGAAAUUUCUGUAUAAGCCUUUUGAUAACACCUAAGUUUCUAUUGAUAUCAUGUCAUUCUGACAUCAUCAUCCUGGUGACCUUGAGUUCUUUCUCCAUGGUUGCCUCUACCACUCUGAGCAUAGUUAAGAGGGUUGCCUGAAAGUCUGUGUCUACUAAGUUCAAAACCUGAGGUUUCUCAGGAAUGUUUUCUCUCAGUUCAUUUCUUUUUCCAUCCAUAAGCUCUAUUUCCCUCUUUUUAUUGUUGUUGGUAUUGAUAAGUAGAUAUUUGAAUAGCUAUAAUGGUAGCUGUGAAAAUCAGAUUCUCCUUUUCAGAGUUUGGGCAGGAAUAUUAAAGAGUGUUGAAAUUGCUUUCAAUCCCUGGGUUGUAGGUUUUGGCAAACUUCAAACUCUAGUAAAUGUCAGUAGAGUACAUCAGGUUAUCCUCACUUCAGGUAUAGACCUUUGAUUGUUUGCUGUGAUCUUCAACACUUACAUUUCGUUUGGCUUUUUACCCAAACAAGGACAUGGAUCUUGUAAAUAUAGAGUGUUUUAUCUUGAGAUAAGUGUGCUUUGGUGUACUUUUCAUUCACAUACUCAAUCAUUUUUACUCUGCAUCUGAACAUUUUUAUGUGGGAGUUGUAGUGGGAAUUGAUCCCAGGGUCUUGCACAUGCUAGGCAACUGCUCUACUCCUAAACAACAUCCCUAGUCCUCAUCAUUUUUUGUUUUGAGAUAGAAUAUCCCUAAGUCACUCAGCCUGUCCUGAAGCUUGCAAUCCUCCAGCUUCAGCAUCCUGAGUAGCUGGAAUUACAGCCAUGGGCCACCGCACACACUUACCCUUUUGUAUUGUAUAUGUUGCAGAAAUUUUCUUCUACUUUGUGGUUUCUCUUUAUCGCCCUCUUUCCAUAGAUUUCAAAUACUAUGUGAAUUUUUUAAGGAUUGUUCUUUUUCUAAUCAGAAAACUGCAUUCCUGUGUGCAAAAGGCAUUUGACUGUGACUUGCGAAAAGUUGUGCAGUAUUGUCAUUCUGAUUUCAAUGUGUAGUUCAAAUUUCAUCCUUGCAGGGGAGGGAUGUCUGCCACUGUUGUGCAAUUCCCACUGUGUCAUGAAUCAAUUUUCUGUUCACAUGUGAGCCUACUGAAUGCUCUUUUCUUUCCCAUGACUUGUUAAUCUUUCAGUUAGUGAACUAGUGUUCUGAAUACUGUGACUUCAAAAGGUUUUGUGUAUAUUAGUCUAGGGAUCACUGUCUUGUUCCAAUGUGUUUAAACAUUGUUAGACAUUUGUUACGCUAGAAGACUUGAUACACUAGUUCCGCCCCCACCCCGGGAAAAACUCUUCUGUUGGCAUUUCACAAUGUUACUGAUCUGUGUGUGAAGCAACAUGUUGGUGACAGUGAACUUUAAGAACCUGUGCCAUCCUUUCCCUUAUUUUAUUUUUCUUUGACAACUCCAAAUAAGCUAAUGAUAUUUUUCUAUUAGCGUGUUGACUUAUACUUUAUAAAUCUUAUUCAGUAUUAAAAUCUGGUUUCUCCAUAAGAAAGCAAGUGCAAGCUGGUAGUGUCAUCUCUAGUGGAGUCAUAAAAGGUGUGCUGAAUUCUGUGAAUGAUAAGUUGUCACGAGGUUUUUGUUUGUUUGUUUGUGUAUUUAUUAGGUAAGAAGAUUUAACCCAGGGCUUCUGUACCACUGAACUACAUCCCCAAACCUUUUUUUACCUUUUAUUUUGAGGUACAAUGUUCCUAAGUUGGUGAGGGUGACCUUGAAUUUGUCAACCUUCUACCUCAGCCUCCCAAGUCACUGGGAUGAUAGGUGUGCUCCUUCAUGCCCAAUUGACAAGUUUUAAAUAUUACCUAACAGACCCCUCAGUAGAGAUUCAUCCCCCAGAGUUUAUUUGGGAGGCUGGUGGAGGUAGGCAACCUCUGAUGAACAUGUCAGAAUAUUGAAAACAUGUACAGGACCAACAGGACUUAAAACAGACUGGAUUUUGUUGAGAUAACCUACACGGGAACUCCAGUUCCCUCCUUGUAUUUAACCUGGUGAGGUCCAGCCCAACCAGAUUCCCAGAUACCACCAAAGAUCAAAGUUUGUUCUCAAGCAUUUCUAAGAAUAUACUGUCUCAGAUCAGCUGCUGUUAUUGAGUGCAGUACAUAGUUGGAUUUGUUGUGAGAUGUGCUAGAGGCCAGUGUACAAAGACAAUCGGAAUGACCCAGCACCAUGGCCAGUGUUCCUGCUCCAGUGCCGUGUGUCUCAUUUCCUCCUGGCGAUACCUAUGGGAUGUUUUAGGAGUCAGUGACCUUUGAGGAUGUGGCUGUGAACUUCACUCUGUAGGAAUGGGCUUUGCUGGAUUCUUCCCAGAAGAAGCUCUUCAGAGACGUGAUGCAGGAAACCAUCUGGAACCUGACCACUAUAGGAAAACAAUGGAAAAAUCAGGAUAUCGCUGAUCGCUACAAUUCCAGGGGAAAUCUAAGAAAGCAAGUAGUAGAGAGACUCCUUGAAGAGAAAGAAGAUAGUCAGUGUGGAGAAAUCCUCAGGCACAUCAUAGAUCUUAUUAUGAACAAGACAAGUUCUUCUGGAGUAAAACCAGGUGAACAUCAUGUGUGUAGAGAAGUCGUCAUUGCUGAUUCAUUCCUAGCCGUUCCCCUAGCAGCUCACACUGGACACAAAGCACAAGAGUAUCAGAAACAUGGAGAGAAGCCACAUGAACAUAAGGAACAUGGGAAAGCCUUCCAUUAUCACCAGUGUUUGCAGAAGCAUGAAAGAACUCACACAGCAGAGAAUCUCCAUGUGUGUAAACAAUGUGGAAAAGGCUUUAGUACGUCUAGAUACAUGAAAACACAUGAACGAAUUCACAGUGGAGACAAACCCCAUGUAUGUAAGCAAUGUGGAAAAGGCUUUUGUUAUUCCAGCUCCAUUAGAGCACAUAAACAAAUUCACAUUGGGGAGAGACCGUAUGUGUGUAAGCAAUGUGGAAAAGGCUUUAGUUCUUCUAGCGGAAUUAGACAACAUGAACGAAUUCACAGUGGAGAGAAACCCUAUGUAUGUAAGCAAUGUGGAAAAGGCUGUAGUUCUUCUAGCGGAAUUAGACAACAUGAACAAAUUCACAGUGGAGAGAAACCCUAUGUAUGUAAACAAUGUGGACCAAGCUUUAAGCUUUCUUCCUCCUUUAGAAAACAUGAACGAAUUCACAGUGGAGCAAAACCCUAUAUAUAUAAGCAAUGUGGAAAUGGCUUUCGCUUCUCCAGGGACCUUCAAAGGCAUGAACAAGUUCAUAUGGGAAAGCAUUCCCAUGCGUGUAAGCAAUGUGAGAAAACCUUUCCUAUUCUCGGUGACCUUCAUCAACAUGAACGAAUUCACACUGGAGUAAAACCCUAUGUAUGUAAGCAAUGUGGAAAAGCCUUUAGUUCUUCCAGUGACUUUAAAACACAUGAAAGAAUUCAUAAUGGAGAGAAACCCUCUGUGUGUAAGCAAUGUGGAAAAACCUUUAGUACUUCCAGUUACAUGAAAAUCCAUGAACGAAUUCACAGUGGAGAGAAACCUUAUAAGUGCAAACAAUGUGGAAAAGCCUUUCGUUUUCCCAAUUGCCUUCGAAUGCAUGAACAAAAUCACAGUGGGAAAAAACCCUUUAUAUGUAAGCAAUGUGAAAAAGGCUUUAGUUCUUCUAGCAAAAUUAGAGUACAUGAACUAACUCAUAGUGGAGAGAAACCCUAUGUGUGUAAGCAGUGUGGAAAAGCCUUUAGUUCUUCCAGCUCCUCUAAAAGACAUGAACGAAUUCACAGUGGAGAAAAACCCUACGUAUGUAAGCAGUGUGGGAACGGCUUUCCUUUUUCCAAGGACCUUCAAAGGCAUGAACAAGUUCAUAUGGGAAAGAAUCCCCAUGCGUGUAAGCAAUGUGGGAAAACCUUUCCUAUUCUCGGUGACCUUCAUCAACAUGAACGAAUUCAUAGUUGGAAGAAAACCCAUGUAUGUAAGCAUUGUGGGAAAGCCUUUCCUUUUCUCAGUUUCCUUCAUAAACAUGAACGAAUUCACACUGGAAUGAAACCCUAUGUAUGUAAGCAAUGUGGAAAAGCCUUUAGUUCUUCCAGUAACAUUAAUAGACAUGAACGAAUUCACAGUGGAGAGAAACCUUAUAAGUGCAAACAAUGUGGGAAAGCCUUUUGUUUUCCCAGUUACCUUCGAAUGCAUGAACAAAUUCACAGUGGGAAAAAACCCUAUGUAUGUAAGCAAUGUGGAAAAGGCUUUAGUUCUUCUAGCAAAAUUAGAAUACAUGAACGAAUUCAUAGUGGGGAAAAACCCUAUGUGUGUAAGCAGUGUGGAAAAGCCUUUAGUUCUUCCAACUACACUAAAAGACAUGAACGAAUUCACAGUGGAGAGAAACCUUAUGUAUGUAAGCAAUGUGGAAAAGGCUUUAGUUUUUCUAGUGACAUUAAAACACAUGAAAAAAUUCAUAGUGGAGAAAAACCCUAUGUAUGUAAGCAAUGUGGAAAAGCCUUUAAUUCCUCCACAAACCUUAAAAGACAUGAACGAAUUCACAGUGGAGAGAAACCCUAUACAUGCAAACAAUGUGGGAAAACUUUCCGUCAUUCUGAUUCAAUCAGAAAACAUGAAAAGGCUUGGCACUAGAGUAAAACCCUAUGUAUGUAAGCAAUGGGGAAAAGCCUAUAGUGAUCCCAGUCUCCUCAGACAUAAAAGAAUUCACAGUGACAUGAACACAUGCAUGUGAGCAGUGUGUAUAAGCCUCCAGUCAUUCGUCCACCCUUAGAAUACAGGAAGGAAUGCAGGCUGGAGAGAAACCCUGUGUGUGUGUAAAGAAAGCAGCGAAGCCUUCACUCCGUCCAGUUACCUUCUCAAACAGCAAGGAACUCACAAGCGAGAAACUCCAUGAGUGUAAGCAAUGUGAGAAGGCCUUUCUUCUCAGAUUUUUUCCACAGCAUGGAAGAACACACCGAAGAGAAACCCUGAAUACAGAAAAUCGGAAUUCUUUAUUAUCGCAUGAACUGGCUAGCACACAUGAGCAAGCAGGUGCAAUAACUUGUAUUGUUGCAAAGGACGUAGGGAUACUUGUUGCCGUGUUGCUUCAGUGUACCCAUGUGGAGUAUCAUCCUUCCAGUCUGGAUUGAAACCCGUAAUAGAAGAGAUGUGCUGUGUUGUUUAUUUGGUUCAUAUGUAGGAAAUCACUCUGGAUUAAAACCCUGUGACUGAGAAAAAUUCGUAGAAGAGGGGUGUCAGUUGUAACAUAGUUUCAGAGGCCUUUAAAAUUCCUCAUGUAGCAGAAUGCAAUUGCUAUGAAGAGCUUGGUGCAAAAUAAUUUGGUUAGAAGACUGGAGAAAUUGUGCUCCCUGGAGGAGAUUUCCCAAAACUUCUAUUGCGUGCACCACUAAUUCAUUUUUCAAGUAGAUCUCUGCACGGUGUACUUCUGAUUUGUGUUCUUGGAAAUAAAGAUUGAGGUGACACACUUCUGGGAGUUUUCUCUAGGCUGGACUAUGUGACUUUGAUAUGUAGCAUAUUUUUAAUCAAACCAGGUAGUAAGCCUUCUAACAUUUUGAAGCAUGUUGGAACCAAAGCCAAUUAAUGUGUAUUUCUAAUAUGACAUUAGGUUUAAUUUCUGUGUACUUUUUAAGUAAUUUUUGGUAGUGGGCCACUGAAGAAUUAGGUUUUGGGCAUUACUGCAAAUUUCUUCGUGGCCUCACACGAUGGGGUAUUCAUACCGUUUUAUUUAUGUAUACAUACAGAGAAAUGUAUAUGUAUACGUGGGUAUGUUUCUUUUCAUGGAUUUUAUAUAUUUCAGUUUGAUGGGAUGUUUUCUGACUUUUGGUACAUCAUAAUUAUGCAAAAUGGUGAAAUUCAUUUUUACAUAUUUGUAAAUGCCCAUGAUAUAGCAAUAAAUGUAUAUUUUCUUUAAAUCAGAUUUCAGUGCAUGGUUUAGAGUUUCUUAAACGUUUUAAAUUAAUUACAGAUUAACAUAUAUCAGCUUUUUCUCAAAAUUUUUUCUUGGAAACAUUGGUAGUAUUAUGAUGGAAUCCUCUUUUUUGUAGUAGAGAUAUACUUCUGAGAGGAAUGAAAUUCUUUUUCCGUGGGAUAGCAAUUUUGUUGAAUACUAAACUGAAGUUAGACUUCCAUGUUGAAUAAUUAUAGGUCUCAUCUGUGCAACAUUUCUUAGAUCUCAAGUCCAGGCAAACUCGGAUUCUUGUGUCAGCCCUAUACACUAGUUUAUGAUUCAAAGAGACUUUUCUCAUUUGUUUGCAGUUUCUGACCCUGAACCCAGGGCCUCACAUUUUCUAAGUACUGAGCAAAUCCACAGUCCUGUUUAUUUUAUUUUGAUAAAUUUUCUGAGUUGCCCAGUGUAAUGUGUAAUUUGCAAUCCUCCUGCCUUAUCCUCCCAGGAAACUGGGAUUUUAGGCCUGUGCCACUCAGAACAACUUAUUAAGAGACAUUUGACUAAUGCCGGAGAAGAGUUUAGGACUGGAAGAAAACAAAACAGGCAAUAAAGUGCCUUUUUUCCUGAAAUGGAUUUACGUGGUACUUUGUCUCGCAUUCCAGUUUACCUGACCUUGCUCGGUCACAUUUUCAGCAUGAAUGAUGCACACAUGGCACAGGUGGGAAUGGCAAGCAAACCUCGGGUCACCAAGCUUUUCUUUUCUCAGUAUUUGUGGCAGAGUUCAUCAGUCCAACGCCUGGCAUGGCUCAUUUUGGGAACAAAAUGGUAGUGGGCCGAAGCAAGGGUCUGGGUUAUAUAGGCUUCGUUUAGGGUGGGACACGAUGUUAGUUUUGGGCUUUCAUUGUAUUGGGGUCAGUGGAUUCAUUAGAGUGGACCAGGAAUGUGGACAGAGAAUAUCCUCUGGCUUAUUGUUUUGGGUUCAGCUGACCCAUUGGGGUUGUUGGUCAGUUGCCAGGCAGGUGGGAGUCCCUUUUGAGUUCCUUUACUCUGGCUGAGGCCUGGGAUUUGAAAUGACAAAAGCU